AUGAGGUUACAUAAUCUUAGAUUCCUCUCCACAAUUAAAGAGGAGACAAAGGAAGAUGUAGAAUCCGAUGAUGGAAAAUCCAGAAGUGAUAGAAGCAGAAAAGCUUCGAAAAGUAGAAGUUUUACUGACCUUACCCUUGUUCUCACUCCUCUAUCUUCACAGUGCGUGAAGUGUCAGUAUUCUGACGCUUACAAUUGUCAGGGAUUUAGUUUCAAUCCUCUCUUUGAAUCUGAAAUCAAGAGUCUAAAAUCUUCACCACCAUCAAAAUUCAAGUUUUUGAGGGAUGCUGAGGAGAAACUUAUAAGGAGAUUACUUGAAGAAUCUGAGAGAAGAAAAUUUCUUAGUAAUGGUGCUUCUGAUCAAGAUUCUUUAAUGAAACCUUUAUCAAAUUCAACAGUGUUCAAUGAAGAAAGAGAUGAAUCUUUUAUUUCUUUCAACAAUUACCAGUAUUAG